GUAGGCGGGUGUGUGUGAGGACUGUGUCUCUCUCCUCCAUGAAAACCAUGGAUGGAUUGCGGCUGCCACCACUUAUAGAGGAAGUGCUGGACUCCACAGAGGAGAGCGGUGAUCUGAAAGCAGGUGAGGACACGAUGGACGGCCAGACAACAGAAAAGGAGCAGGAAAAAACAGAGAUAGAGGGAGGAGAGAAGGAGGAGAAGAGUCAGGAGGAGGAGCUGGAGUCGCUGAGAGCUCAGAUACUGCACCUCCUGCUAGAGCUUGAGGAGGUGCGAGAGGCGUCACAGAAACACGAGGAGAACAGUGCAGAGCUGCAAGGGCUUCUGGAGGAGGAACGCUUAGCGAGCGCACACCAGGCCGAGGCCUUCACCCGACAGCUCCAGUGUCUACAGGCCCAGCUGUGUUCAGUCCAGCAGGAGAUUGAGGGAGUGGAGCAGCAGAAGGUGGAGCUGCAGGAGGAGGUGCUGACGCUCCAGCAGACAGUGGAGGAGUACGAGCUGGAGACCGUGACACUGAGAGCCGAGAUCUCAAUGAAGAGUCAGAGGAGGGAUGAAGAGAGAAGGAGAGAGGGUGAUGUGGAACAGUUGAAGGAAGAGUUUGCCAGGCUGAAGUCAGAGUGUAAGACCCUGAAGGAAGCCAACAGCAAACUGACAGAAAGACUACAUGUGCUGCAGAGGAUGAGUUCAAGUGGUGCAAAAGAUGAAGAGAAGGAGGAUGGAGGGAUUCAAACAAAUAUAAUUGGGGGAUCAGGUUCCACCUGCAGAUUGGUUGAUGUUUGUAUUCAGAAGAAUAUUUCCUUUGAUGGAAAGCCACUCACACCCACCAAUUUGAGCUCAGGGUUCUCAGAGACUCUGUCCCUGAGAGAGCAGCUCAAACAAGCUCAGGAGAGAGCAGAACAACUGCAGAGGCAGUGUGAUGGUGUGCGGACUGAGCUGAGAGAGCUACAGAACCUGUUUGAGACCAGUCAGAAGGAGCGGGCUGAGCUGGAACUGGAGCUUCUGCACUGUAGGGAGGAGCUAGAGAAACUCACAGAGGACAGACAGUUCUGCACUGAGCCUGCUGUUCUUUCACUGCCUUUCUUAGGAAUGAUUGUCAUCAUGGCAGUUCUGUGGUGCUGGUGGUCUGAGCUCGCAUCCUAAACAGCAGCAGGGAGUUAAAACGGACUCUGUGGAUGUGAGAGAGUUAUCAGUCGAAGUGUCGAUCUCUUUGUUUAAUUUUGGACCUUUUGACCCACAGACAGCUGAUAAUUUGACCUUUUGACCUUCACCAUGAUAACAGCACUCUUUGGGCUUUGGGUUCUUUGACUUUUUAUUGAACAAAAGAACAGAAAUGUGACUUUA